AUGGCCGUGAUGUCUUCUCAGAACACUUCUCCCCAUGUGAGUUUUAUUGGGCUCGGUGCCAUGGGUUUUGCCAUGUCCACUCACCUCGUCCGAACCGGGUUUCCCGUCACUGGAUAUGAUAUUUAUGGGCCAACGCUAGAACGCUGGCGGUCUACUUGCCAUGAAAUCCCCCAUGCCAAAUUCAGAACGGCCGGAUCACCCGCCGAAGCAGUCCAGAAUGCUUCCGUUGUGUGUCUGAUGGUUGCCAAUCACCACCACGUGCAUUCUGCUCUUUUUGACGAAAAGGUUGGGGCGGUGCGUGCCUUGCCCAAGGACUGCACUGUUAUAAUCCAUGCCACCAUUCCUCCUACCCAGCCAUUAGCCGUUCGAGCAAGGUUGACAGACGAGUUUCACCGUCCUGACGUUAAAUUGAUUGAUGCACCUGUAUCUGGAGGAGCAGCCAGAUCCAUCAACGGCACGUUGACUAUCAUGACAUCCUCCGACGACCCAGCCAACCUCGAGCAACCAGACACAAAGAUGGUUCUCGAGAACUUGGCCAGCAAAGGAAAGACGCUGUACACCAUUCCCGGCACUCUCGGGGGAGGUCAAUCGGCCAAGGCAUUGAACCAAGUCAUGUGCGGCAUUCACAUUCCCUCAGCCUCCGAAAUCAUGGGUCUCGCCGCGACCAGCGGUCUUGAUACACAGAAAUUCUAUGACUAUCUUGUAUCGAAGGACUCGACGGGAAAGCCACCUGUGGGAUGGAGCUGGAUGUUCGAGAAUCGUGGCCCAAGAAUGUUGACUGCCACUCCACCAAUGGCGUCGGCGAUAUCGAUCAUCAACAAAGACGUCGGUAUUAUUCGCGACGAAGAAGUACGACUGGGAGUCGAAUUACCCCUGCUCAACAAGGCCAGCGACGUUCUGACCGCGGUGAUGAAAACCCAUGCAAGCGCCGACGACAGUUGCAUCGCCCAAUACUACCUAGGCUUCGACUCGGACCGGGUAAACCUGGUCGUUGAAAUGGCUGGCCAAUCCACCCUUUCUGCCAGCGAGCAAGAGAGUAUGAUCCGACACGUGGCCAAUGCACAUGCCAUCAUCCAUUUGAUCUCUGCUCAUGAAACGACCAAAUUCGCUCGAGCACUUGAUCUCAUGCGUCCGGAGCAGAGGAAGCAGUGGUUUAAUAUUAUCUCCGGUGCGGCUGGCGGCAGCACCAUCUUCUCCGAAGUGAUUCCUCGUGCAUUCGAAGACGCGGAUGGAGUUGAUGCCGCAUUUAAGAAGUACGCUGCGGAGAAGUUCAACGGAGGUAUCGUGGAAAAGACGAUCUCUCUAAUCAACCACGCAAAGAGCCAAGGCUACGAGCCAAAGCUCCUCGAAGCCGCCGUUGGUGAUCUGAAGGCUCUGCUGGGCCAGUAG